GGGAACGGGCGGGCAGCCAGCCAGCCAUGAUGAUGGCGACCGGGAAGCUGCAGGGCGGCGCGAAGGGGAAGCCCAGCCGGCGGCGCGCAGGAAAUAAGCAUUCAGCUGCUCUGAAGAAUGAAGAUGCUGCUCAGAGGAAAGCAGCUCUGGAAGCUGCUAUGAGAAAGAAGAUUGAAUUUGAGAAAAAAGCAUUGCAUAUUGUUGAACAACUCCUGGAAGAGAAUAUUACUGAGGAGUUCUUUCUGAAUUCUGGAAAAUUUAUUACUCCAUCUCACUAUAAAGACAUUGUUGACGAACGAUCUAUCAUCAAACUAUGUGGUUAUCCUCUAUGUCAAAAUAAACUGGAAAAUGUGCCAAAACAGAAGUACAGAAUUUCAACAAAAACAAACAGAGUUUAUGAUAUCACUGAAAGAAAGUGCUUUUGCAGCAACUUUUGCUACAGAGCAUCUAAAUAUUUUGAAGCUCAAAUUUCCAAAAGUCCGGUAUGGAUGCGAGAAGAAGAAAAACCACCAGACAUAGAGCUGCUGAAGGAGGGACAGAGUGGACAGUCUGGAGAAGAGGUGAAACUACGUGAUGAAGUAAUUAAAACAUCUGACAUUGAAAAUCCUAGGAUAUCUUCAAAUCCAUGUGAAUCUAGUUCUCAUGACACCGCCAGUGACAGCAGUAGUGAUACUGAACAAGAAUUUGUUUCUUCCGUCCUAUCAGGAAGUCAGUCAAGUUCAGCUGAUACUGCACAGCAAUUGCACAGAAAUAGCAUCCUCAAAAAGAAGCACGCUCAAAAAGUCUAUUCCAGCCCUAAAACUGAAGACUCAGAUGUGGUAGAAGCCACUAGACAACUAUCUAAUUGUAAAUUAGAUGCUCAGGAAGAAAUGCAUGCUUGCUCUGGUCAUACUAAAAUAACUGCAACGCCUUCAAAAAAUACUACUCUAGGGAAAUCAAGUGCUUCAGAAAACUAUGAAAAUACCUCUGGUUCACAGAUAGUUUUUCUAGGUGUGAGCAAAAGAGGGGCAGAACAUCUUAAAAGAACACUAGCUAACUCAAAAGAACAUAAAAAACCUGAACUGAGGGAUCCAGUUAAUUCCAAAGGUAGUUUAUUAGAAGUGCUUAAGCAAACACUUAUGGAAUGGAGAACUGAGGAGACUUUAAAAUUUCUCUAUGGCCCAAACUAUGCUGCUUUGUGUUCAUCAGAGAACAUAUCAUCUGCCAACCAGGAGAAUGAAGAACUUGAUGAGGAUGACUUAGAUACAGCUGAAGAUUUUAACACUGUUGUUAUAGGGGAGUCUGAAAACAGUUUGAACUAUUCUUUACCUUUCACAUGCCCAGGUGGAAUAGCUAACCCUGUGCCUAGUUACGAAAAACUAAAAGAAGAAACGGAGUUCCUAGAACUCCGAGUAAAAGAGUUCUAUAAAGGAAAGUGCAUCUUGGCUGAAGAGGCAGUGACACAUGCACAAGUGGAGGAACAUCCAAGCAAAGACAAAGAUGAUCAACAGGAAGAUCUCACCUUCCCACUUGUUGAUUCAAGUGCACAAAUGCAGAUUAGAAAGCGAAUUGUCCUUGAAAAACUGAGGAAAGUAUUACCUGCAGUUUUGGGCCCUCUUCAGAUUACUCCAGGUGAUGUUUACACAGAGCUAAAAAAUCUUGUCAAAACUUUCCGGUUAACAAACAGAAAUAUUAUUCACAAAAUGCCUGAAUGGACUCUGAUAGCUAUUGUUUUGUUAUCUGUAUUGUCACAAAUUACUCCACUUUUCAAGCAUACUCAGACAAGCCCAAUGUACACACAGUUCCUGACUACGUUGCUGGAAGAACUGCAUUUCAAAAAUGAAGAUCUGGAAAGUUUAACAAGAAUAUUUAGAAAGGACUACCUACUCAAAUGAAUAAGGUGAUCAUCUUAACUUCUCCCGCUAUCUGAAAUAGUGGCACAGAGAACAAAAGAACACCUUCAAUUGUUGGAACAUUUUUAAAAUGAAAAAUGAAAUUUAGUAUUAACUGUACUUCCUGCAUUUCUGCUUUUUUAUUUUCUUCCUUUGAAUAAGAAUUUUGAAGUCUCAUGGAGAAGCUGACUAUAACAGCAGUUGUUCAAGGUAUGCAUGAAGGCUUGUUAAAAUGUGGAUCAUCUGAAACCUAUUUGAAAGCAGUAGAAAGGAUUUUGGGUUGGUUUGGUUUUUUUUUUCCUUUGGAAAUUUUCAGCUAAAAUUUGUCUGCAGGAAUUGGGGAACGAGAGGGGAAAAAAAAGCAUAUUAGCUUUAACAGAACACUGCUGCUGACAUUUUCUAGUUGACCCAAAGCAGCAAUCUUUAAGAAUGAUAAUGACAGUACAGUAAAGAUGUCUGAUCUAUACCCUGUUUAUCUUGCUACUUCUAAGAAAAGGGGUGGUCUUUGAACUUGUGUAAAAGUUAGUUUUAAACAGUCUCUAAUUGUUGCUAAUUUGGACUUUAAAAUAUAUUUUAAUAACUAAAAAUUUUGGGCUUUCAGUAGUCAUUUCAUUUAAGAGAGUCGUGGUGUUUAGACUCGCUUCUGUCAUUAACUGAUUAUAAAAUGCAAGUUAAAACUAACCCACUAGUAAUUCUUAAGGAUUCCAUAAUAUGGUUUAUUGCGUAGUUCCCAGUUCAUAGGACACUUUCCUUUGAGAGACUUGAGAAGAAAGUUGUUACUGACAGUGCUUAGUCUGCAGCAAAUGCCAGCGCUGGUUAGGGCUGAAGCGAGACUUAGGAGGGCUUCUACAUAGCAACUCCAUGUAAAAACCAAAGUUUACUCCUUUGUUUUAUUUCUGUAAUUGGACACCAAAAGGGAACUCCACACUUAAUUAUUUUAUUGUUGUGUAGUUCCUUCAUGAUAAUCAGUAUAAAUAUGUUGAUUGGCCCCGACAUAAAGAGCCUUUGCAGCUUUUCCCUGGAAGCUUCACUGUGCAGUAGAGUUUAUUUAGGUGAUGCUUGACUUUUACUAACUUACCUUGUAAUGGGAAGUUAUGUUCAGUAUAACUUGUAAAAGCAACAAUUUAGAAUGAGGAAAACCUUUAAUGCAGAAUUAAAGCUACGCAUUUUUCUAAGUAUGCAAUAAGAAAAAAAUACCCAUCGUGAUCAGAGCGUGUCUGAUGCCAAAUUCGUAAGAAUGCAUGAUGUAAUCCGGAUAGAAGGUACACUGGGUUUGUACCAUGAUGGAAAACUUUUUACUUGAUAGAUAUGCAAAGAAGGGACAGGACCUCACCAACAGAUAAGCUUAUAGAAGACUUGAGUAAUAUGUAUGAUACUCUGAGCAAAACUUCAACCUUGAAUUUCUAUCUAUCUGCUUCUGAUUUUGGAAGUUAAAUGUAUUUCUGGUUUUAGCUAGUACUUCACUGUAGAUUCUGAACAAGCCAUUGUAUAUUUACCUUAGGGUGCAAAGAUUGCAACUACAGCAUGACAGUGAUGCUAUACAGAGUACACCUAGAAGGCAUUACAAAUGUACAUCAUACCAGGAAUAUGACUGUGUUUCAUCAGGUUCAGUGGUUCUCAUUUGGAAAGUUUUUACACUUCCUGUCAGUUUAGUGGUGUGAUUUUUUUUGUUAGUUAUUUUUAGGCUUGGUCUUCAGCACUUACUGUGUAGGAAACGUAUGAUCUUGUAAUAAGAGUGAAUAGGUCACAACCCCAAAAACCUCUUUAUCAGGGUUCACUGGAGCUGCUUUUACUGUCUGCCUUAGCAGCUCAAAAAAGUAAGCUGCCAGGAUUUUUGCAUCUCCUCCUUGGCUGCUGGGUAGUAAGCUCACUCAUUCUUUUCCUUGCCCUAAGAGAACAGAAUAACCUUUCUCCUUCCAUGACCUUCUUCACCAGUCCAGAAGACAGAUGCCUAUAAUGUGCUGGAAAUACCCUGACAGGAUAUUCUUCACUUACCUUUCAUGAUUUCAUCUCCCUUAGACGUAAAACACAUGUAAAUAAAUGGAGGAAGUAUACAUAUACCCAUUACUGUUGAGUAGGAGAAAGGCUACAGACUCAUCUUAAAAGGAUCUUUAGUACUGUCAGCCUUAACUGGUUGUACGAAAAAACACAACUCAAGCACCAAAAAUUAAGUUCAUCUAUGUAGGCUUUUACGAACAUGUUUUGUAACAGCUUAACUGCUUAGGAGUGUUCAAAUCUAGACCUCAUUUAUGAGCUUAAAGCUAAUUUCUGCCAUAACUAUCUGUCCUUUAACAGACUUUACUCUUUCUCAACUGACUUUCUUUUUUUUCCCCCUUUCUCGUUUUGGUUGUGUUUGCAGGCAGAUUGUUUCCUUGUGGCCUUGCUGCUGUGCUUACCGUUUUUCCUUCCUGUGUUAGUUAAAUGAAUGUGAACAGUUGACUCCACUCGGCUCAGUGGUGGGUUUGAGCUCUAUCUCAGACUAAAUUUUAGUGACUUACUUGUGAGCUGCAGGCACGUAGGGAUGUUAUGGAUCUGGGACUUCGGGUAGAUGGGACAUAAGCCUUUAUUUCUGAACAGCUCUAUGAAAGAUGCACGAGCUUGGUAAAGCCAUCAGCUGCUUAGAUCAUAAAGUCAGAGAAAUCCGUUGCCAUGACAGUGUAAAGCAUCCAAGCCUGUCUGGCAGUGGACCUGUAGCAGGGCAAAUAGCAGGGGGGUGGGGGAGAAACCAGACUUCUAUGAUAGGGUUUUUGGGUUUUUUUCUGACGUAUGUAAUGGAUAUAGUAAAGAAUAGAGGAACACUUUAGUUUAAAGCUUAACACAAAGCCUGCUUCAUGCUGUUGCAGCUUCUCAGAAUGAAAGGAGCAAUGUGUGGCGUAUACCCGCAUAGUGCAGAUUUGGAUUUCUUACUGGGUUUUCUAUAGAUGUAGUGAAGUAACCUCAGGAAGAGAACAGUGUUAAUAAAAGCACAUAUACAGAGAAAGUCAAAUUGUUCAAAGUUAUUGAAAGCAGUCUUUGUGCUGGCCAAAGAGGAUAGAGGAAAAUCUAUUUUCACACCAAAGUUCAGUUCACAGUCCUGUAAAUCCUGUCAGUGUAAGUACUGCAUUCUGUAAUACUGAACUUCCUGGUGCAGAGCCCUUCACUGCUGCUGUUUGAUUCUUUGUGCCCACUGACCAAGCUUGCUGAUUUUUCUUGGGUUUUGGAGGGAAGAAGGGGAUUCAGAGUGGUUGGCUUGAUAGUCGCUGUUUCAGGAUAGUGGGCAAAUCAUAAUAUAACCUGCAAAUUAUCAGGUAUUCAAAGAGAUUACCCUGCAUCUUUGUAAAGGUUGCAAAUCAUGUUAUGCUUAUAUAUGGUAAUGCAAAAUUCUACAUUAGAAUAAGCAGAAGAGAGCUUGAUUUAUUUCAUUGAAGACCAUCAAAACAAAAAAGUGCCUUAGUAAAUCUAGAGCAGCAUAACUGACAUGGCUGUGCUACUCUCCAAACCCAGGACUGGACAGAUACAUCUACCCUGUCUUUAAAGAGUGAUACAGGGAGCAAUAAAGAGCAUGGUAGAUACAUGAGAGACAUCCGAGGCCUCAAAGGCUGUGUCCAUGGAAUACACAGAAGACUCACCUGUAUUUUCACUCUUCAGUCUCAGUGAGUGGUUUAAAAGUGAGGGAUCUGGUGUGGUUUUUUGGGGGAAAUAAUGGUCCUGUGAAUCUUGAUGUUGAACCUGCAUGUCCUACCCUUCUCUCCCUAUUUUGAGAGAAUGUGGACUCUACAAAAUGCAAGAGGGGAUGAGCAGCUCAGCUGACCUUUAACUGCUGGAGAGAAAAGGACUAACACAUCAGAGAGAAGAAAAAGGAAGAGAGAGGGGAAAGCGGUAUUCACAGCUUCUAAAUUUAGGCAUCCAACCUUAGGUACCUGCCUGUCUCCAUUUACUUCAGAGAGAACCGAUGCUCUUAAAUUUAGGUUCCCCAAAUCAUACCUUAGUGCAAUGUAUGAAGUGGGUGGUGUUAAUGCCUCUGCCUCUAUUUCCUGGUGGCAGAAAGAAAGCAGGUAAGUCAGCUGAGAACUUUGGCCAUAGUAGACUGGCUCUCCUCAGAGUAAUUUAUUUAAUAAUAAAGUGUGGCACAAAACUGCAUGGGGACCUGCCCCUGCAAAGUGGGAAGGUCUAAGCAAUCUGAUCCUAUUGUUUGCUUAUUUUGAUGACUACAACUUCACACAGAAUUUUUUCUUAACCUGUAAGAGUUAAAACCAAAAGAAUUAAAGUGAGUGGCAGUCUUUAGGAAAAAAAAAAUGCCAGUGUGUUGAAAGUACGUCCAGGAGGUUACACUCUAGUUCUACAAUUUGGCUCUAAGCAUUCCAUACUUGCUGUUUACUUCUGCAAUUGCUUAUGAACACCCAGUACUGUGAGCAGGGUUUAGCUCGAUCUCACCAGAGUAGCCGGUAAUGCUGAACUGUCAUUUCCAAUGAGCAUUAAAUAUUGAAAACCCAGAAUCAGCCUCUCUUUGGCAAGUCUUAAGUUUCCAUAAGCAGCAGAUGGUAUACAAGCCAGGGCUGGGCACCUAAAAAGACCUCUGUUUCUCAACUGUGUAUCUCUACCCCCUGACAGCCAGUGGUCCUCUAGAGUCAGAGGAAGUGGGUGUGCCUGCUAUUAGCAAAGACAAAGUAAUACUGCUAGAGACCUUUCCUCUUGUGAGCUUUCUUUUUGGGACUCUUUAUCUUAGAACCACUUCUCUGCAUAGACUGCAGACUAGUGCUUUGGGAGACAGGCUGCCUGAAAGAUGCUGUAGAAUGUAAACUCUGGCAUUUGUGGUGCUAAACAGGAUUUGGUGAGUCAGGGGGAGAGAGCUAGAAACCUAGGUCUUCAAGUAGUUCUCGUUUGAGCACUCUGGUUUCAAAAAGCAAGUGAAAGCAUACACUGCCUCAGUGGCUGAUCUGGACAUGUGUGAUAAGUGUGUGUCAUUCCCUCUUGGUUGCUUGCAGCUAUAGAGCAAGUAGCAAGGCAACUGGAGUUCUGAAAACAUUGGCAAGACUACCCAAAAAGAAUAAUAAUUGGCAAGAAGAAAGGUGAGAAAAGCACAAGCCUUUUUAAACUGUUCUUGCCCUGGAGAAUGGGCAAUAUUGUGAGAUACCUUUUGGGUAUCAUCCUCAAAAUAGUCUCCUCAGUACAGCAUCACGUUUGGGGUGCAUUAAUAGUAGUGGCAGGGCUGGAAAGGGCAUGAACAAAGGCCACCAACUGUCUGACCAGAGUUUCUGAGAUCUGUAAGCCAGGUUUAUCUUCCCCCGACUUUGCCACCACAGUUGAAUGUGCAGACUUAAGUCCUAGACUUAGGAAGGCUUAUCAAUCAGAAUAAUGCAGUAAGUGUGGCCCCUGUAACACUUCAGAUGUCUACCUGACUGUUGGUUUUACUGUGCUAUCCUGCAGUUACCCCAAGACAACAGCUCCCUGAUGAGUCCCUUCUCCAGGAACAGGCUAGAGCUGACACAUUGGUGAUCAUAAGGCAGUUGUAUCUCACCACCAUGAAAACUCCCCCCUUCAAAUGCUUUGGUAGCCCAUACUUUAAAGGCAAAGUCUUUAGUACAUUUUUGCAUGCUGUGAUUACCUGCAGGAGCUGCAUACAAAGAUCAGAGAGCAAAGCCAGUAGGGCUACUGACUGGUACAUCCAGCAUCAUUGCAAACCACAUCAAAUCAAUGCCAUUUCUGGCACUUUUUAGCCUGUUAAAUUUCACGGGCUAUGCAGCUGAAUUGAACACAUAGUGGGACAGCAGCAGCUUCCUGGAGAGUCCUGCAGUUUGGUUAGAAUUAGUCAUCACCACAGAGAGUUUGAAGGACUUUGGAUACAGCUUUAAUAAGCUGCAAACACUCAGAUCAGGAUUUACAUCAUAAAUCUUGCCUUUUUGUUCUACUCAAACAGGAGUGUCUACAAAUCAGGUUAAUAUAAUUUAACAGUACAGUAGUUAAGUAACAAAAAAGAUCAUAAUUGGUAGUAUUAUCUAAGAAGCCAGAACAACCCUGCUUACAGCUGCCAGCUAAGAUCUGACUCAUCUAAGGUAUUUUAUAGCAACCAUAUGUUAGGCAUGUCUAUCUCACCUAUUAUGCAAAAAAAUGAUAACGUUUCCGAAUCAGGAUUUGCCACUGAGCAGGAUUUUCCGUAAACAUCUCAGUAUUGCAAGUGCUAUCCACAGUCAGGCGAAAGCCUUUUGCAGACACUUCUGAUUUGUUAAUUUAACAAAUAGAAUAAAUGGCUACAAAUCUGUGGCUAGUGCUGAUUCAGCAAGGCUGGCUGUAGUUCAAAGUAUGGGUAUGUUACUUUGGCAGUUGACAUGUUAAAACAUCACUUAGUGAUUCUGUGUUAGAAGGUAACUUCAGAAUACCGCACUUCUUAGGCAAAAACCCCUGGGUGUUUCAAAUUGAAGAUGUGGUCUCCAAGCAGGAAUGACCAUGCGAUACAUUAAAAAUACUUCACUGAGACAGUGCAAGCAAAGUUGUAUUGCUGUAGUAUAUUUAUCUGCAUAACAGAAAAGAGAGGGUGGAUUUGUAUCAGACCAGGAGAGAAAGAUUAAAAACUAAGUUUGAAAAUAUUAAGGUCUUUUGAUAACAAUGCAGGUGGUUAAGCUAAAACAAUUACUGCAUUUUAACAAAGGCAGACAUCGCUGUAAACCCCCUUGGCUGUUGCUUUUUGAGCAACUUUUACAUCCAGUUCACUUUUACACAGAAACAUGCCUAAGCUUACACCCCUCUGCAAUCUGACUUCAGUCCUUCUUGCACAAAGACUAAUUAAGUGUCCAGCAGCCUUAACUAUUCCUAGGCUUUUGCUGCAGUAUCCGAGUAGUCUCAAGGAGUAAUGUGGGGGGGUGAAGUUGCAGUCCUAACGCUGCCUUCUGUUCUCAAAAGGGCAGUAGUUUCACUGCUUAAAGCUCUCAUGACAGAGCUCCCGUUGAUGCAAGCAAGAGCAAAUUGUUCUCUUGAUAAUUAUAUACCUUGUUUAGGAAUCACAAUCUCUCAUAUUUUGAGGAGAAGCCAUUCACUGAAAAGCUUUUUUGUGAAUACAUUCUUUUUUUCUGAACUGUGGGCUCUCACUAAAUAAAAAAAUUAAAAAAGCAAAGUAGAUAUUUUUGCUACUUAAGAUCCUUAGCUUAUAAAAUUUCACAACUAGAAAUGUAGUUAGUUUCUUCCUUAUUAAGAUAAUUUCUCCAGAGGGCAUUUGAAAACUUGGAAAAUAAACGAUUUUACAGAUACUACAUUAGCCUUCAGCAGCUCUGGGUCAAACACAUGUCAUCUCUGCUAACUAUUCAUUUCUAAGAUCCUCCCAAGCUCUGCUUUUUUGUACACUGAACAUCUGAUGCUUCUUGUUUUUCUUCUAUAACCACAGAUGUGCCCUCUUCAAAAAACUCACAAUCUCAAAA